AGAUGGCAUUCUCAGAAGACAUCCCCCAACCCGACAAUGGUUUUUAUGUCCUGGUCACAGGCGCCAAUAGCGGUCUCGGGCUUGGAAUUGGAACCCGCCUGAUCGAAGAAUUCCUGCAGACGCGCCCCCAAUCUGAAUCCCUCGUCCUCAUAAUCACAACGCGCGACGAACGAAAAGGCAAUGCGACGAUCGAGAAGCUAGAAGCACACCUGCGCAAAGUGUGUCGCGAUCACGAACUUUCGUUACCGGGCAUCACGCAGCUAUUACAGGGGCGUGUAUACUUUCGGCAGGAGCGCCUGGAUUUGCUGAGUCUGGUUUCUGUGCAGAAGUUGUGUAAAAGGUUACAUGAGACUACGCCAAAACUCGACACAGUCAUCUGCAAUGCAGGCAUUGGUGGCUGGACGGGCAUCAACUGGCCUCUGGCGAUAGUCUCAAUCCUCAAGGGGUUCAAGAAUGGGCUUACCUGGCCUGUUUACAAAAUCUCAGGCCAAGGAUGGCUUGCGAAACCGCAGUUACCGCGUGGCGAGAAGGAGAGCAAGGUCGAAGAACCUCCUCUAGGGGAGGUUUUCUGCGCCAAUCUCUUUGGACACUAUCUUCUUGGACACUACCUUGCGCCGCUUUUAGCAAGGCACCCUCAGAGUUCAAACACAAGAGGGAGAAUAAUAUGGGUCAGCAGCCUGGAAGCGUACGAGCACACGUUCGACGUCAACGACAUGCAGGGUAUCGCUUCUGUAGUACCUUAUGAAUCUUCGAAGCGACUGACGGACGUACUGGCAAUCACUUCCGUCUUGCCUUCCACAUCCGCCGCCGUAGAUCAGUAUCUCGGCCACCCACAACCCUCCGCAAAAACCACGAAACCGCGCAUUUACGUCACGCACCCUGGUAUCUGCGGUACAGCCAUCAUGUACCUCCCUCUCAUCCUCGAAUACGCCAUGCUCGCCACUUUCUAUGUUGUGCGCUUUUUGGGCAGUCAAUGGCACACUACCACCGUGGAUAAGGGCGCGUGUGCCAUGGUCUGGCUUACGCUUGCGUCACAAAGCACAUUAGACGCAAUGGAAGAGCGUGAAGGAGUGGGGAAGUGGGGAAGUGCAACAGACUGGAGAGGGCAAGAGCGGGUAGAGCGGACAGAGGUUACUGGAUGGGGCUGGGGAGGCAAGCUGGGCGAGCAUAAGAGGAAAGGGAGGGAUCCGCAUGCACAGGAUCUUACCAAAGAGAGUCAGGAGAGGUUUGAAGAGGCAGGGAAGAAUUGUUGGGCAGAGAUGGAGAAGCUGCGGAUUGAGUGGGAAGGCCGACUUCGCGUGGCUGGAUUGGGAGUUGAAAUGGAGUAGGUGUGGAUGUGGCGUUGAUCAUACGUCUCGACAGCGUACCUUACCUGCGGGGCUGGUUCGACACUCACAUCCGUGUGUAUGCCAACUAGAAGCAGACACAUAUUGCGCAUUCAUAUUCACGUGUAAUAUAUAUUGUACUCGUUUUCUAUGCGUUUUGAGCACGUAGUCUCAUGCGGAGAUGUCGUAGUUUAGAGGUUAACGCCAGCUGAACCCACCGUUAAGGGUAGCUUCAGGAGAAC